AUGAUUCAUAAAAUUUUAAAUAGCUGGAGGAUAUCUUUUUUUUUCAAUUUGAUUACCUUUAUAAUACAGCAAUUAGGAUUAUAUUAUAUUUUAUUUGAUUAUAAUAAACUUAUAUUAUUAUUAAGUAUAUUUGAUAUAUAUAUCUUUAUUCAUUUUUGUUUCAAUUAUUCACAAAGUUUUGGGGCUGUAAAGGGUGGAACAUGUUGGUUAUUAUACGUUUAUUCUAUAUCUAUUAAAGUGAUAUUUAUGUAUUUUUUUGCAUUUAAAGAUGAAGUAGUUUUAGAAGAUAUGAAUAAGGAUUAUUAUAACAAAUCAAUUAUAUUUUUAUUAUUAAGCUUGAGUAUUCUUAUAUAUACUGCAUUAUCAAUUAAUUCAUAUAAGCAGUUGUAUCCAAAUGAAAUUACUAUAUCUAAUGAAAAGAUAUUUCAUAAUGAUUUAAUUUUGCAUGUAGUUAUUGAUUUAUUCGAUAUAUUUGAGUUAUUAUUUACUCUUUUAAAAUUAUCUUAUGUUAUUAAAAAUACAAAUUUUUGGAUUAAAAUAUGUGGUGGGGUAUUAAUAUCCUUCUCAUUGUAUUUAAAUGCAUAUUCGUUUCCCAUAAUCUCAAUAGUUAGAGAAAAGAAUAAUAAAAAUCUAGAUUUGGGAGACAUUUAUUUUUGUAAAAAACACGCAUCUGUAAUAGGUAUCAUUUUGAUUGAUAUACCAUUUAUGAUAUUAAGAUUUUACUUUUUAACUUUUUUUUUUUCCAAUAUCCACUUUCAACCUCUUUUAAUUAAAAAUAUUUGUUUUAUUCCUAUAAAAUGUAUUAAAAUCAAAUAUUGUAAUUUAAUAUUUGAAAAAUUAAGAAAAAUAAUAGAUUACCCCAAUUAUACAUAUAAAGAUAAAAUAGGAAAAUCAGACGAAGAUAAUUAUAGUCCUUAUAAUAGAAAGAGUGUUAAUAAAUCUAAUUUUGCAAAUAUACCAUUAAUUCAUAAAAAAUCUUUGUUAGAUUUUAAUGAUAUCUUAAAUUAUUCUUUUGAUAUAAAAUCUAUCAACUCAUUAAAAAAUGAUACAGUUAUUAAUGAUACGAAAAAUAUUACAUGCUUAAAUACUAAGCAUAAAAAUCACAAUAUCUUAGAAGGUGAUUAUUAUAAGAAAAUUCCAUCUUGUCUAAAUGUAUAUUUUGAUUUUAUUAUUGAAGACGACAUAUUAAAUUAUAGAAAAAUAAAUAAAAAUAGAAUAAAAACAAAAUUAAUUAUGAAAAAAUUAAUGUAUACUAAUGUCUCUAAUAAUGAAAGAUUUAGAUCUUAUUUAGAUGACACUUUAAAAAUUUCAUAUUUAAAUCAAUUACGUUUAAUGAUACCAUAUAUAAUAUAUUGUUUAGGAAAAAUAGCCAUGUCGAUUGUUUUUUAUAUUUUUUAUAAAAAAGUAGGAGUAAAUGACUUGAAAUAUAUAUUAGUUGAAUCUAAAAAGUACUUUAAAUUAUUUGAACAUCAUAAUAUAAUUUUUAUUGUUUCUCUUUCUAUUAUAUUAGGAAAUUCUAUUAUAUCAUUUUUUUCUUUUAUUUUUUUAGCUUCUUUAAUUGAAGUUUUAUUUCUAACUUUCUUUAUCUUUGUUAAAUGCUUUUCAGAUUUUUUAUUUUUAUUGUUACUUGUUUAUAAUGAUGUAUUUGAGAUAUUUUUGAAAAAUUUAAACCAAGCAGAGAAAUAUGCACCUUAUUUUUUUUUAAUUUUUACAGUAAUACCUUCAUUUAAAAUAAUAAGAAACAUUUACAUUUUUCUCUGCUCCUUAUCUGGAAGACAAUUUAUAGGAUAUAUAAUUAGACCGUUUAAUAUGGCAAAAAAUAAAAGCAAAUUGCCUAAUUUUCUAAAUAUUAAGGAAUACAACAAUAAUAUAUCACAAAACUCAAAUUAUUUAAAUGAUGAAUUCAAUUUAUUUAAUAAAGAGUUAUAUUCAAAAAAUGGAUUUAAAGGAGAUGAAAAAGGUUUUAUAUCUAUAGCAUCACUUUUAAUAUACAUAAAUACAAAAAACAUGCAUGGUUUAUGUUCUUUAUCUACAUUGUUAAUGGGAAAUAAUUUUAUAAAAAAUUUGCGAUUAAAUUAUAAUUUAAGAAAUAACCAUUUCUUACAUAUAAUUAUAACCUUUUUUACAAGAUUUACCUUAUUAUUGUUUCUUUAUGUACAUUAUAAAUCGAGUAAUGUUCUAUAUGAUUAUAUCAAAUAUAUAUAUUAUGCUAUUGCCGCUAUAUUUUUGUUAGAUUUUCUUUUAAAAUGUUCCUAUAUGUUUCUAUCUCAUAAUCUACGAUUAUGUGCAGCAUACAAUUUAGAGUUAAAAUCCAUUUAUGAAGAUAUUUAUCAUUGUAGCAAAAAUAAAAAAGAUAAUUAUAAAAAUGAUUUAAAAGAUAUUCAUAAAAAAUAUCAAAUUAAUAAUUUUUAUUAUUACACAUUUCCAUUGUUUUCAGAAUUUAUAUAA